AUGUUGCCCCUCGAUGGUCGCAGCAAAACGAUCUUCAUCGUCACUACUAUCUUCCUGGGCAUCUCAUUUAUUUCGGUCUGUUUACGAUGUUUCGUGCGGUUACGACUCGUCAAGGCUUUUGGCUGGGAUGACUCCUUUAUGGUGGGCGCAAUGUUGUUGAAUAUCUUAUUCGCUAUAUGCGGUAUCACCGGAUCAUUCUAUGGCCUCGGUCAAAAGAUGGUUGUACUUGUGGAGAGGGGUACAUUGGAAACCGCAAUGUUUUGGUGGUGGCUCGGUCAAACCAGCUAUGUCUGGACAUGCGCGCUGGCCAAGAUCUCCAUCGCUCUCGCACUUCUCCGCUUGACGAUUGCCAAACACCAUAGAUUUAUUAUUUGGGCCGUCAUUGGCAUCACUUGUGGUGUCGGUAUUGUGUUCUGGUUUAUGCUCACGCUGCAAUGCCAGCCGGUUUCGUUCUUCUGGCAACGGGUGCGCCUCGAGUUCGACGAGAACACCACCGUUUCUGGAACUUGCAUGGACCUUGACCAUAUCAUCGCUAUGGCCUAUGUCUACAGUGUCACCGCUACACUCUGCGAUUUCACUCUGGGUAUUUUGCCUGGUUUCCUGGUGUGGAACUUGCAGAUGAACAUAAGGACCAAGUGUGCCCUGGCGGGCAUUCUAGGAUUGGGAUGCAUUGCAAGCUCAGCAGUCAUUGUUCGCAUUCCCUUUUUGCACGACUAUAGAGACGAUGACUUCCUAUAUGCAACUGCCAACAUCUCCAUCUGGUCCAAUGUCGAAGCAGGCCUGGGAAUCGCUGCAGGCAGUCUUGUCACCCUCCGACCCCUGUUCCGCUGGUUCCGCGACCCCAGCUCUCUGGGAGGAAGCAGAAGCAAAACCAAGCGCACCGGUGGCAGCGUGCCUCUUUCGAGUUUCAACGCAGGGCCAUCCGGCGCAUCCGGCCCGCAUUACUGGCGACCAGACUUAGACGGAGGGGAUUCUCCCACCGUGAUUACGACAGUCCAUACGUCGAAUCACACAAGCCGAACGAGUAGUCAAGAAGACCUCAAUCCGAAAAAUGGCGGCACAUUCUUCCAAGGAGUGAAUGUGCAGAAAACAUUUUAUGUUUCGGAAGAUCAAGCGUCAUAG